AGUAAAUAGGGGAUCCACCACGCCCACUUUUGCAGGCUCCUAGGAGACAGAAUAAUGGCCGAUAGUGAUGAUCUUGAUGACUUACUGGACGAGAUUGAAGGCUCCUUGACCCACACUGAGACCACCAAACCAUCCAUAAAUGUGAUACCUCCUAUUAAGACGAGGGUGUCUGCAGAGGAUGAAGACAUGGAUCAUAUCAUAGAUGACAUCUGCAACGAUGAUGACCCUUUACCCGUUACAAGACAUACAUCCAAUUACAAUAAGCUCACCAAACGACCCUUACCAAAUGUCACCCCUAGGUGUACAACGCUACUGUUGGGUGGUAGUAUGACGGAAAUGGGACUCAGUGAACGAAACUCUCAAAGGUCAUGUGACAAGUUGAGAUGCACCGGAUGUGACUUCAACGUGCUCCACUUCAACGACUUCACCUGGCACUCGAAGUGUGACUACAUGUUCUUUAGAAACAACAUGCCUAACACUGAUAAACUCAGCAAGAAUCUCGUCAGAAAAAGAGGUAGUCGUGCAUACUCAUGUCAGUGCUCCUGGAUUACCAUGGAGACAGCGGUAGAGGUCACGACCCUGCCUCAACUCAAGUGGGUGUGUGGUCGCCACUAAAUUCCAAGAAAUGAACCUUAUCCAAACUAGAGUAUUUUUAUACAAUAGUUAAAAAAACUGGCAAUAAUCACUUAAGAAAAUUUUAUAACAUAAUUAUACAUAUUCCGAGAAUUUGGGUAUAAACUAUAAAAUUUCCAAGAAUUUGCGUUAAGUUAUGUUGUUAUAAUUAUUAUGUCACUGUC